AUGGCCCCGCCGGGCUCCGCGCUGCCCGCCCGCCCGCCGCCGCUGCUGCUGCUGCCGCCGCUCCUGCUGCUGCUGCUCGGCUGCCGCGGAGAUUCGGGCCGUUCGGCGGAGCUGGCGUUCGUGGUGGAGCCCAGCGACGACGUAGCCGUGCAGGAGCAGCCCCUGCUCCUGUGCUGCCAGGUGGAGGGCAUCCCGCCCAUCCGUGUCACGUGGCGCAAGAACGGCGUGCGCAUCCCGGACAGCGAGAACGCCUUCGUGCUGGCCAACGGCUCCCUCUACGUGUCCCGCUUCCAGAGGCUCCGCGCGGACGGCUCCUCGGAUGAAGGCGAAUACGACUGCACGGCGCAGAACCAGUACGGGCUGGUGGUGAGCAGGAAGGCCAAGAUCCAGGCAGCGACAAUGUCCGACUUCCACAUCCACCCUCAAAAUGCAGUCGUGGAGGAAGGAGGAGUCGCGAGGUUCCAGUGCCAGAUCCACGGCUUGCCCGAGCCCGUCAUCCUGUGGCAAAAAAAUCGCAUGCCGGUCAACACAGACAACGAAAGGUACACGCUGCUUCCGAAGGGAGUCCUCCAGAUCACCGGCCUGAGGGCAGAAGACAGUGGGAUUUUUCACUGCGUCGCUACCAAUAUUGCGAAUGUGAAAUUCAGCCGGGAGGCCAGGCUCACCGUGUCAGGUUCCCACUCCACCGCUUACAAGGACCCCAUGAUUCUCGUGGGUCCGGAGAACCUGACGCUGACGGUGCACCAGACGGCAGUGCUGGAGUGCAUCGCGACCGGCAACCCCCGGCCCAUCGUCUCCUGGAGCCGCCUCGACGGCCGCCCCAUUGGCGUGGAGGGCAUCCAGGUGCUGGGGACGGGGAAUCUCAUGAUCUCGGAUGUCACCGUGCAGCACUCCGGCAUCUACGUGUGCGCUGCCAACAAGCCCGGCACCCGCGUGCGCAGGACGGCCCAGGGCAGGCUCGUGGUGCAAGCGCCGGCGGAGUUCGUGCAGCCGCCGCAGUCCAUCUCGCGGCCCGCGGGCACCACGGCCAUCUUCACGUGCGUGGCGCAGGGGGAGCCCCCGCCGCGCAUCACCUGGCUCCGCAACGGGCAGAUCCUCCAGGCGAGCGACCACAUCAAGCUGAAGAAUAACAACAGCACGCUCACCAUCUACGGCAUCAACCAAGCGGACGAGGCCAUCUACCAGUGCAUCGCGGAGAACAGCGCGGGCUCCACGCAGGCCAGCGCGCGCCUCACCGUGCUCUGGGCCGACGGGCUGCCCGGGCCCCCGCAGGGCGUCAAGGCCAGGACGGUGUCCGCCACCACCAUCCAGGUGUCGUGGCGGGAGCCCCUGCAGAACACCAAGGAGAUCAUCGGCUACGUGCUGCACAUCCGCAGGGCUGCAGAUCCCGUGGAGAUGGAGUAUCAGGAGGCUGUCAGCAAGAGCACGUUCCAGCAGCUCGUGACUGAUUUAGAGCCCUCGACGAGCUACAGCUUCUACAUAAAGGCCUACACGUCCCGGGGUGCCAGCAAGGCCUCGGACGUCACGGUGGUGAGCACGCUCGGGGAAGUGCCCGCGAUGCCGUCCCUCUUCAUCAAAGUCAUCAACAGCACCGCGGUCCAGGCCACCUGGGAGCCCUCCAUGAAGCUGGGCCAGCACGAGGGCUUCAAGCUCUUCUACCGCAAAGUCCACGUCUCGCAAUACACCGGCCCUGUGCUGCUGCCCAGCAAUGUCACCACGUACAACAUCACCCACCUGGACACGUCAGUGGUGUACGAAGUGAAGCUCCUGGCCUACAACCAGCACGGGGAUGGCAACUCAACCGUGCGCUUUGUGUCCCUGAGAGAACCUGUGGAAAGGACAGUGCUGAACGCCCCCUGCGACUGCAUGAAGGACGAGCAGAGCAAUAAGACCUCCACGACGGGCAUCAUCAUCGGGAUCCACAUCGGUGUCACGUGCAUCAUAUUCUGCGUCCUCUUCCUCAUGUUCGGCUACAGAGGAAGGCUGCUCACGUGCAAGAACGUGCAGGAGCAGCUGGCGCCGGCGCAGGCGCCGCGCGGCCAGCGGAGCGGCCUCAACGGCGCCGCGCGCCGCGACGAGCGCCCCUUCGGCGGCAAGCGGCUGGACCUCAACGAGCUGGAGCGGCUCUUCCCGGCGGCGCCUUCCCGGGACAAGGCGGUGAGACCGGCUCCAGGGCUUCCCGCAUCCCACGGGGACACCCAGCUGUCCCCGCUGCCGCGCGAGGACUUUGGCGUCAUCGAGGAGGAGCCGCCGGAGCCGCCGGCUCCCGGCCCCGGGCCGGCCAGGGAAGGAUAA